AUGAAAUGUACAGAAAUAACUAUAGAUGAUGGUGCCUACGCAAAAAUUUUUAUGCACUCUAUAAAAUAUUCUUCUGAUGACGUAUGUGGUAUUUUAAUAGGCAAAUAUUUAUCAUCAAAUGAAAAAAAAAAAAAGUGUUUAAUAACAAAUUAUAUACCUUUAUUCCAUACUCAUAUAUUAUCACCAUAUCUAAAUUUGGCUUUUACACUGGUGGAGAAUUAUUAUAAGGACAAAGACGAAAGAAUUAUUGGAUAUUUUCAUAUAUCAUCUGAUGAUUUAAAAAACAGUGAUAUUGAAAAUAUAAAAGUUUGUGAAUUAAUCUCAGAAAAGUUAAUAAAAAAUUACAAUGAUGCUUUCGUAUGUUUACUUGAAUUUUCAAAAUAUGUAAAUGAUGAAGAUAAUUGUUUAAACAUCUUUAUGAAGAAUGACAAAUCAAACUGGGAGAAAGGAAAUGUUGUAAUAUCAAACAAAAAUAAAGAAUUUUUAAAAAAAAAUAUAUCAAACCAACAUUAUCUAAAUAUAUACGAUUUCGAUGAUCAUCUAAAUUGUAUGAAAUGUGAUUUCAUGAACCCUGAUUUGUUUAACAAUGUUUCAUAA